GAGGUGUUCAGUCUUCAGUCUACCAACUGGUCUCUGUUACUUCAUCUUUGUCUCUGAGGUGUUCAGUCUUCAGGUUAUGAUGGGGGUGUUGAAGCUUCUCUCUGCUCUCUUUCUUCUUUCUCUCCUAUGUCCUGGACUCUCUGAAGUGGAUGGCGGCUUCAGAAAAAAUUGCAAGGCGUUCUUUCUGAAUGGGGUAACUCCAUAUAUUCCACGUAUUUUGGAACAAGGGACUGUCCCAAAACCGAAUCUGAAAAGCUACAAGCCAAUCUGUCAGUUCUACAAAAAUGACUACAGGUUUGCGACUCUCUACGACAUGAACAACAAGAUCCCCAUGUUCUCAGCCUACAAGUUCACUGGUGGCAGAGGAUCGGGAAAUAAUAUAGAUGACACAUGGAAGAUAGAGCCCCAGCUCGAAAAUAAAAAUGCAAUUAAAUCAAUGGCUGAGGAGUCUCAGGGUGCCCAAUAUACACAUCAGGCUGUAGACCAGGACUACAAAAACGUAAAUACAGAUCCCCUUGUGAAUAGAGGUCACCUGUUCCCUGUUAUGCACGCUGAUGGUGAUGAUGCCAAAGAGUCCACCUACACCCUGACCAACAUUGUACCCCAAGUACAGACCUUCAAUGGAGGCAGCUGGAAGUUAAUGGAGGAAAACGUCACAAAGAUUAUGAACCAAUCUUGUAAGAAUAGUAAUAACAACACAGAGGCCUAUGUGGUGACCGGAGCAGUGCCCAGUGAGAACAACACACUGAACAACCGGGUGAACAUCCCAUCUUUCAUGUGGACCGCCUUCUGCUGUGAGAUCUCGACCAAUCAGUGGCAUUCUGGAGCACACUGGGGAGACAACAGAAAUAAGAGUAAGAAGGUUAGAACCGUUCCUCUCUCAGUGGCAGAACUGAAUAACAAGCUCACAAACAUGUACGAAAAGCGUUUCCAGUUGUUUCCAAAAGAAAAGCGUUUCCAGUUGUUUCCAAAAGAAUGUCUAAAACCGAAAGAGUCUUUUUGAAAACCAAAUGUAUAACUUAGUUAUGGUUUAGCCUCAGCAUGGAAUAUUAUUAGGUUAAUUGGAGAUAAAGUUGGAUAAUGAUCCCACUCAGGAGUAGGCUUAGAGUGUGGGUUACGGUAUGGUUAAAAGAUAGCUUAACUAUCUGAUUUGUACUUGUUUUAUGUUUAGUUCAAUACGAAAUGCUAGCAACCAUGCCUGCAUUCAAAUACAAGUUGUUUUCAUGGCAUGGAGUGAUAUAGUUGUCUUAUGUGUGUGUUUGCAGGCAGGAAUGGCUAGCCAAAAUAUUUAGCGAAUUUGCUUCAGCCAGCUGGUGUGCGACUGUAAAAGUUGGUUUGAUUUAAAAUUGUUUAAUUAUUAUAACUGUUAGUCCAACAUUUAACGGGCACCUUAUGAAUAUCCAAAGGACAAUUCCCCAGCCAGACUUUACAAAGUUUCCCAGGUUGUUGCUCCCAAAAUUAACCAUGAAGGGGUACUGUUAAUAUUGUGUUUCCCAAUCCUGGUCCUGGGACCCAAGGCAGUACACGUUUCGUUUUUGCCGUAGCACUCACACAGCUGAUUCAAAUGAAAGACUUCGACUGUUAAUAUUUUAGGUUUAUAUUACAAAUACUGUCUUUUACUAAAUUGUUCAGACUUCAAUAUUUUCCACUACAACUUUCCAUCACUCAGAAUCCACCCCUGUAACCAACAUGAUGCCAUUAUGUUCUAAAUGUAAUUCCAUCCCUGUAACCAACAUGAUGCCAUUAU